AUGUCCCGAGAUCCGGAACCUGAGAUCAAGUUCUGGUCCCUAUUCUCCAUACCCGCCCUCCCCGGCAUCUCUGCAUCUUCACCUUCUUCAAAGAAGCUUGAAAUCAAGAAGACACAAGCGGGUACAAUGGCGCCAGCUCUGCCUGCAGCGGCUCUCCUGGCAGACUAUGCAUUCAGUUAUGCAAAAGGGAAAGUGUUGUACGCUGCUGUGGAGAAUGGCUUGCCGGACAUCUUUGCCAAACAAGGUGAACCAAUGAGUCCGGAUGACGUCGCUCAGCUUGCAGGGACAGACCCUGACGCAACCGCACGCCUCAUUCGGGCGAUGUCUGGACUUGGGGUGCUCGACGAAAAUGCAGAAGGGACUUACAGCUUGUCGUCGGUGGGUCAGCUUCUGGCGUCAGACAAGGAGACGGGCAAGAUGAAUCCCUUGGCUGGUCUGAUACUCCACUUCAACGAGCCGAACACAUGGAACACCUGGAAUGAGCUAUCGCGCACGAUCAAGGAAGGGGGUUCAGGUUGGGAGAAGACUCAAGAGAGCAAGACGCAUGAGAGCAUGUGGGACUUCUUUCAGGCACAUCCGGACACAUCCGGAAAGGCCUUCGACGCGGCAAUGAGCGGCCUCUCGUCGACUCAAGUUCCUCAGCUACUGCAGGCUUACGACGGGUUCAAGGACAUGGACGAGUUGAUGGACGUUGCCGGAGGGCACGGUUCUGUUCUGGCAGCAAUCACCGCAAAGUACCCCAACAUAAAGGGCAUCAACUUUGACCAGCCACGUGUCAUUCAAACUGCGCCUUCCAUCCCAGGGGUGGAUCAUGUGUCUGGAGACAUGUUCAAGGCCGAGACUCUACCCAAAGCUUCCAACAUCAUGAUGAAGAUUCGUGUCCACAUCCUGCACGACUGGGGCAACACGGCGUCCAAAACAAUCUUGGCCAGCUGCCGAAACGCCUUGCCCGCCGGUGGAAAGCUGCUCAUUGUGGACUUCGUCAUCCCGAACCCCGGCACUGCACCCUCCGAGGCCCGCCAGUUCCCGGUUCUCCUCGACAUCCAGAUGAUGAUGAUGUGCCCGGGUGGUCGGGAGCGCUCGGAGCAGGAGUGGAAGACAUUACUAGAGUCUGAGGGUUUUGAGAUUAGCCGCAUCGUUCCGCUGGGGCCUGGAAGCCCGUCCGUCGUGGAGGCCGUGAAAGCAUAGGGAUUGGGCCGUCAGCAGUGCAAAGUGUACGUGAAUUAUAGGAAUUCGUCCUGUACUUCAUGAGUUUAACACAUACUACACGGAGAUUAAUGAUACACGUGACUUCAUAUGUACAGCAGUCUUGCUGAUAGUUAGACAAUUAUCAACAUAACAUUUUAAACGUUGUGUCCGGCUUCAAUUAGUUGAUUAUAUACGUG